AUGAGCGAGCACAGUCGCAUUUCCGAUUGGUCGGAGGAAGAGGAGGAGGACGUGUCGGGCUACAGUGAAAGCGACACGAAGCGGGAGGAUGCAGAGCAAAGUAAUGGCUUGGUCAUAUGGGCGAGGUCCCCGGAUGUCUCGGUCGACUCGGGGGAGGGAGGAGCGGCCUCUGCCCACAGCAUGUCCUCCACGUCCGGUGGAAGGGUGCGUUGUGAGGGUGGGAGCAGCAGCAGUCACGGAAAGGGCGAGAGCAGUCGCCCGACAGGGGAAAGGCUUCCUUCACGCAGGAAAAGCAAUGCACCUAGUCCCACCUCCAAGCGAGGCUGGCAGUACUCCAGCGUAUCCUUAGACAAUCAGACAGGGAACGACGGCGUUGCAAAGAGGAAAACACUCACAUAUACCCGAGGCAAAGCUCGCCGGCGUCGUGAGCCGGUCGUGUUCGACCUGUGUCUGUACAUUCAGAUGCAAUACUGCUCCAACCGCACCCUCAAAGACUUCCUUGAUGCGCCCUCACGCGCUCACAGGGUUGACAAGGCGGAAGCCCUCCAGCUUGCAUUGCAGAUUGCCCGUGGCGUCACGUACGUCCAUGCACGCGGGCUGAUCCAUCGGGACUUGAAGCCGACGAAUUGCUUCCUGGUGGGCGAGAAGGGCCACACGGUGAAAAUCGGGGACUUUGGUCUCUCACGCCAUGUAGGGGCGGUGGAAGGGGUGGAUGGACGCAAUGGCGCCGGCACACCACCCUCUCCGGCGGGGGCGAGGAAGGGGAACGAGGGAAAGAGCUGGACAGAUGGGGUUGAGGACGGCGAGGAAUUCGGGAACACGGCGGGGGUGGGAACACCUGUGUACGGAAGCCCAGAGCAGCUGAGUGGCGGCGAUUACGACGAGAAAACGGACGUGUUUUCGUUGGGCGUGAUGCUUUUCGAGCUCUUUCACCCGGCUUUUGGCACGGGGAUGGAGCGAAUGCUGACGAUGCGGAAGAUCCACGAGGGGAAGAUGCCACCCGCCUGGUCCGACGAGAACGGGGAGAUGGUGGAGAUGCUCGGGCGGAUGCUGAAUCGUCUCCCCGCCCGCCGACCUCGGGCCGCAGAGGUGGUGUCGAAGCUGGAGUUCCUACAGGGCAAACCGUUAGUCCUCCCCUUGGACUUCGAUCAGUUUCCUAGGGACGCGGUGCUUCUGCGGGCGGAGACGGGGGAAAGGGACGGUAUGCUUCAGGAGGUGAUCAAUGGGAUCAAGGCUCAGGGAUCCGCAGGGGUCAUGAAGCAGUACGGCUUCCGAAGCAGCAGUGACGGGCGCGCGAUCAUCGAGGUGUUGCUGGACGGAUCGGGGGAGGGGAAGGGGGAAGAAAUCGACAGGAUUGUCAAGCAUUUGAGAGGAGUGGAGGACAUGAUCUCGUGCAACCUGGUUGGUGUGGGCCCCAAUCCUGCGUCCUUCUCCACCUUUAUCCCACCUCCCUCGCCGCUGUCCACUUCCCUUGACUCCUCAACGACGGCGCUGCCAGUCUCCGGAACAGAGGAAAGAGGAGAGUGA